AUGGAAGCACUUGUAGCAGCGAAACCAGUGAUCAACGUCGCCGCUCUCUGCGGUUCUCUUCGCAAGGGUUCAUUCAAUCGCAGCCUCCUCCGUUCAGCUAUAGCGAUAAGCAAGGAAUCAAUAAAGGGUAUGAACAUCGAGUACAUUGACAUAUCGCCAAUCCCGUUUCUGAACACUGAUCUCGAGGUCAACGGAGCUUUUCCUCCGCCCGUAGAUUCUUUCCGCCGGAAGAUUGCCACUGCCGAUAGCUUUCUCUUCGCUUCGCCAGAGUACAAUUUUUCUGUCACUGGUACUUCUAUAACCUCGUUUCUGUUGUAA